UCGUGAUGGCUCAAGGUUUGGGGGUGCCAGAUACUGUCCUGCUCUCUCGUUUUGCACAUGCCCGUCUGGCACUGAUGAGGUAUAUUUUUGUUGACUGGUGGAAUGAGCCUUUUUCUGGGCAGUAGCCCCACGUUUCCCGAAGCAGGUUUUUGGAGCGAGUUAAACGUAACUUGAGUGCAACAAAACUAAUGCAAGCUGAAUAAAAUAUUUUGUUUCAGAAUACGCUGGGCCUUAGUUACCUUGCUCAUCCUACAUGAAGCACAAUCAUGACAGAUCAAGAAUAUAUCCUAUGCAAAUGGAAGAACCGUUUAUGGCCAGCAAAGGUUUUAUACAAAAACAGAACUUCCAGAAGACCAAUUGUUUCUAAAGCAAAAGCAGUCUCUUUCAAAGUUGAAAUACUCGGUCUGGAAGAACAGACUAAUGUGAACUGUACGGACACGGAGCCUUUGGAGGAGGAGCGCAUAAAAAUCAUUGCCUCUGAAUUAGACCAGAGGAAUAAACCUAGUCACCCUGUGGAAGAACUGAAGUAUCGGAAAGCUCUUAAAAUCGCUCUAGAUAUUUUGAGUGCCUCUCCGAAACAAGUAAGACCUUCAGAUGAGGGACGAACUACUCGAUCAGCCCAGAAAGAAAAUAAAACAAGAACUUCAUUAUCUCCUCCUGUGACUAGGUGUCCAAUAUCUUCCCCAAAAAUAAAAUUGGAAGGGGGUGAGACCUUGAAGGAAAAAAAGAAACAAAAGACAGCCAGUCCACAAACUGAUACAGAAAAAAACAAACGAAAAUGUCGGCUCAGUUCCAAGGAGACAGCUAAAACCCGUGGAAACAGAACAAAUUCUUUAGUAUCUAAAUCUGGGGACUUUUCUAGCACAUGGAAGUCAGAAAGCCAGCAUUGCAAGACAGCUAAAUCAAAACUAAAAACAUUAACUCAACAGAAAAAAGUAAAAUCCAAAUUGUUGCCAAAGUCCAAAACAGGAAAAAGCUCAUCGCUUUUGCUAAAAGAGAAUGAGAAAAGUAAGAAAGGAAGAAAGAGACCAAGAGAUGCAAGCGAAUCCUCAUCUCCGAGCACUAAAUCCCCAGAUGAUACAGCACGUGUUUUUGUUAGAGAGAGUACCCCAGUAUCUGCCUCCUGCAAUUCUACUAUGUUAAUAUCUGCUGGAAAAAGGCCAAAUGUUAGGGGUUUGCCCAAAAAGAGAUUACUGGAUUUUUCUAUUACAAGUACCUCACCUGAAUUAGAGAGUAACAGCAGUGAAGAGAGAGACACUCCAGCAAGGAAAUAUAAAAUGUUAGAUGGGAGCAAAAAGCCAGUGAAUUCAAAGUGUGUUAGCUGGAAACAAAAGACUACUGCAGUGUCACCUCUGCACAGAAAAGGGGGAUGCAUAAGUGGCCCUGAACCUUUAUCUGGGGCUUCUCAACACAAAAAUUAUUCUGAUAGCCCUCUUUCUGAGUUUAAAAAAGAGGAGAAUAAGGAUACUUCAUACAGUCCUGUGAAUAAAACUAAAAACUGUCAGCUACCUGAUUUUGACGAAGACGAAGAAGGAUUGGAAUCCUCUGAUCUGUCUUUGAAGUUUAGCUCUCCAGGAGAUAUCUCUCUCGAUACAACUUUGGUAGAUGAGGCGGAAGAAGAGGAAGAUGAAGAACUUCCUAGUAUUCUUUUACGUCAAGAACCAUGUUCAAUUGAACCAGGGAUGUUGGUCUGGUGCAAAUUGCGAAGAUAUCCAUAUUGGCCAGCAGUGAUAAAAAGGGUGACACGGAAAUAUAAAAAAGCAAAUGUGCUGCUAAUAGAAGCGGGUAUGAAUAACAAGAAGGCAAAGGGUUUCUCUAUAGGUCUCAAAAAUCUAAAGCACUUUGACUGUAAAGAAAAGCAGAAGCUAAUAGACAAAGCCAAAGAGGACUACAGCCAGGAAAUUGAGUGGUGCAUUGAAUUGAUUGCUGACUACAGAAUUAGAGUAGGUUGUCGUUCUUUUACAGGAUCCUUCUUGGAAUACUGUGCUGAUGACAUCAGCUAUCCAGUUAGAAAAGAAGUUAAUCAAGGUAAAUUACAAAUGACCUUCCCAGUCAUAGCAGAGGAAGACCUUGAAGAAUCUUUGUCAGAAACUGCACCUAUCAAACCCUCCAAGAAAGUUCUUCCUGAUAGAACAAGGGCUGCCAGAGACAAAGCCAACUCCAAGAUAGUCGACUUCAUAGUGAAGACAAAGGGGGCAGAAGAGCAUCUUUUGGCUAUUUUGAAAAGCAAAAAGCAGUCCAGAUGGCUGAGAGAAUUUCUGAAUUCAAGUCAGUAUAUGACCUGUGAGACCUACCUUGAGGAUGAAGAGCAGUUGGACCUCGUGGUGAAUUAUUUGCAAGAAGUCUGUCAUGAAAUAGAUACCAGGAAGCUGGAUGUAAAAAAUGGUGAUAGAAUAAAAUUUAUUUUGGAUGUCCUUUUGCCUGAAGCCAUCAUUUAUGCAAUUUCUGCUGUGGAUGAUAUAGACUACAAGAAAGCAGAGGAGAAGUACAUAAGGGGACCAUCUGUCAGCAAAAGGGAAAGAGAAAUAUUUGACACAGAAAUUCUAGAAAAAAAGAAACUGGAGCUGCUGAAGACUGACCUUGCCCCUGAAGACAGUGUAUAGCAACAGCAGUAGGGAGCUUUAAAGUCUGCACUGGCACUGAAUGUAUAUCAUGGAGAAGAAGGCAAUUUUUUGAAUAAAUUGUGAAAUAUUUUUACUUUUUUAUCAACGUGUAAAUAUUCUUUAGUGGAUGUGCUGAGUCUUCAGAGUGCUGUGUUCUUUCGGAUGCAAUUGUACUUCUACGUCUUGUUGUAAGUUUUUUGUUCUAUGGAACUGCUCAUUGCUUUCCUCUGAGUGAUAUACUACUGAACUCCCUGUAAAAUUAAUUUUACAAAGAUGUAAUAUAAAUUUUUAUGGACGUAUUGCUAGUCAGUUAGCUUGACGUCGCCCUACCCUACUUGAAAUGUACAUUAGUAACAAUCUAAGAGGAUAAAUGGCAAAUGCUUUGUGAGGCUUUUGACAUAAUCAUGUCAUUUGUAUUUAAUUUUGUGUGGAUUAGCCUUUCAGAAUAUCGUUGGAAACAAAGGUCUGCCAUCAGAGGAAUCUGUGAUGAUAGAAAUGUAGAGUUACAGGAUUUUCUAUAGCCAAGUAUGCUUUGGUAGUUUCAUUACUGCUAAAUAUACUGGGUUUCCUGUUUUAAAAUUUUCAGAGGUUGAUUGUUCUUGCUCUACUUUAAUUUAUGUACCUAUGGGGAAAUAAAAAUGCCACCCAUUAAUGAAACCCAAGGCACAGAAGCUCUCUUUCUGUUAUAGGGCAACUUUAAACUUUAGUGUAAGAGAAGGCGUUCAACACACUAGAAUUAUUUUAUAAUACAAUCCGCUUCACCUCAUUUAGAAAGAUGAAGCAAUAAAUUCAAUGAGUGUCAUGUUUAGCAUAUUGUAAGUUAAUGAAACCACAGUUUCUAGGCACACAUUUGGCAUUUUUAUGUCUAGCCUAUUCAAAAAUCAAAUCUGCGUGCUUCUGGGGCUGUGCCAGCAUUAGAAGCAGUUCACAUCAUGGUAUCACAAAUUCAUUAGCAUGUUGCAAACAGAUUACUGUUGGCUGGCCUACAGUGAAGCUGGCUGACAUCAGAAUUCAUUGACAGAAUACGUCUUAAUUUGGGAAGAGCCAAUCAAAAAGGUUGGCUAUUUAUAUUCUAUUUGUAGUACGAAUCUCUGAUCAGGGUGUGGUAUACAGUCUGAACUGAGGUGUAGUUUGAUUUAUAUGGAAUUAAAUGAUGUAGCUUAAUUUUUUUCAAAUCUAAUUCCUUGUGAGAAAAUGGAAUGUAAAAUGGCAUAUUGAUAUUGUGUGUAUCUAUAUUGUACUCAUCUGAAUAGUUCUUCAAAUGACACUAACUGCGCUGUAUCUUGAGAGUCCAUCCUCCUUGUAUGGUUUAGUGACCUAUUAAAUAGGUGUAUUAAGAACAUGAAUGUAACAAAUGAAUGUGAGGAUAUCGUACUAAAAUCUUCUUUCAUAUUACUUUUCACUAAAACUUUUUGGAAAAGGGAUAAUGCAAUUGAUAUACACUUUUUGUCAUGGUAUAAAACCUUUAAUUACAAGCCAGUUAUAUAAAUAUACCUUCAGCUCUGCAAAGGUCUUGAAAGCUGCUUUGGCAGACAUUAAUUAUAGAUGGAGAUUUCUGAGGCUUGGUGCUAUCUCUUUUACAAUGUGCAAGCUUCGUGUUCAGAAGAGAGAUUUAACACAAACAAACAAACAAAACUACUGCAGCCACUGUUCCCAGAGAUAAUGGGCCACACCAAAUGUAAAUCUCUUAAAGUUGGGGGAAAGAAGGGAGGGAAAGGCUUAAAUCACAAUGCGAUACCCAUUUCCCCUCCUGAAAUCAAUCAACACCACACAUGCACUUUUCAUCAAUAUUGCCAUAAUGGUUAUGGGACUUCUAAGCAAUGCCACAGUAGCUGAAAUUCUAAUAUCUCAUGUUCUCGAAUUACAGUCUGGGGAGAAGUAACCUCAAAAAUUCUGAUGCCUCAUUUCUAUGUAUCACACUCUUUUCCAUGUUCAUUUUUUCCCCUUUCCUCUUCUAAUCACAUCCUACCAUAAGACUUUUUUUAAAAUACAAACUAGUAGUAAUAGCUAAUCUAAUUGCACUUUGUUAACCAAGAAUGAAUUGCCCUAAAGUAGUACAUCAUGUUGAAGUUUCUUAUGUUUUUAAUAUGUGCCUAGCACAACUUAGCCUUGAAAAUAUUAAAAACAAAAUUUAAACAUUAUUAUCUUCAAGAAACCAAAGGCUAGAUAGCUUUUUUUUUUUUUAAACUGUUAUUUUUAUGGGUAUAUUAAGGCCAAAUUCUGCACUCAAAUCCACAUUUGGCUGUCAUUAACUUCAGUGGGUGCUGCACAUAUGUAUCCAAAGGCUUAAUUGGAUCUGUAAACUUAAUUGGAAUAACAAAUACUUUUCCACUCAUUGUAGAAAGUGCAUUACUGUAAAGUACAGAUAAAUCUGAAGACCGUCUUUUUGAAUUCCCAUAAGAUAUUGUAUUAAAUUUAACAGUACAUUCAGAUUGAUAUUGCCUAGUGCAGUAAUAGAAAGUAAAUAUGAUAUACAGUAUUUACCUUUUUAUGGUAUUUUGUGUGACUUCAGUUUCUUAAAUACCAACUAAAACUGUGUACCUAACAAGGCAUGAACUCUCCAAGGUAUAUUAUUUCUACUUUGUUUAAAUAAAUUCAGUUGCUUCAGAUACAGUUCAUGUAAUCCAUUGCUCUCAGUUUAACCAAAAAAUCUUCCAGCUGCAUUUUGUAUUGUCUGACAGUUGAGUUGAUUUUUUUUUCUUCCUACUAUGGGUAUGUCAUACCAUUAAAUGACAGUAUUUGUGUUGAAAUAUUUUGUGUAUCUUGUAAGAUAACAUCUGGGUGAAUAUAAGAAAGCAGUGUCCUGUAUUGUAAUUUUUAAUAAAGCAGA